UCGGGCUCCGGGCCGCCACCAUCACCUCGGCCGCUGCAGCCGUUGCCAUCGCCUUGUUCCCCCACCCUCCCACCAUGGCCGAAGAGCUCUCCGCGGCCACAUCCUAUACCGAAGAUGAUUUCUACUGCCCAGUCUGUCAGGAGGUGCUCAAAACGCCCGUGCGGACUGCGGCCUGUCAGCACGUUUUCUGUAGAAAAUGUUUCCUGACUGCAAUGAGGGAAAGCGGAACACAUUGUCCCCUGUGUCGUGGAAACGUGACUAGAAGAGAGAGAGCAUGUCCCGAACGGGCUUUAGGCCUUGAAAAUAUCAUGAGGAAGUUUUCUGGUAGCUGCAGAUGCUGUGCAAAACAGAUUAAAUUCUAUCGCAUGAGACAUCAUUACAAAUCUUGUAAGAAGUAUCAGGAUGAAUAUGGUGUUUCUUCUAUCAUUCCAAACUUUCAGAUCUCUCAAGAUUCAGUAGGGAACAGUAAUAGGAGUGAAACAUCUACAUCUGAUAACACAGAAACUUACCAAGAGAAUACAAGUUCUUCUGGUCAUCCCACUUUUAAGUGUCCCCUGUGUCAAGAAUCAAAUUUUACCAGGCAGCGUUUACUGGAUCACUGUAACAGUAAUCACCUAUUUCAGAUAAUUCCUGUGACAUGUCCCAUUUGUGUGUCCCUUCCUUGGGGAGAUCCUCGCCAGAUAACUAGAAAUUGUGUUAGUCAUCUAAAUCAGAGACAUCAGUUUGAUUAUGGAGAAUUUGUGAAUCUUCAGCUAGAUGAAAAAACCCAGUAUCAAACUGCUGUUGAAGAAUCUUUUCAAGUAAACAUCUGAAGGCUGUAGACAUCUUUGCAUCUUUGUACCUGCAAGUGCCAUCCUUAGGGGAAAACUACAUGAAGUCACCGUUUCAGUAACUUGAUGUGUAUAUUAAUAAAAGUAAUUCCAUCAUUUUAGGUUUUGAUUGAAAGUAAAGGCGAGGCUUCUAAAAACUUCAUCCUCUUGAUAAGUUAAAAAAUGAAAGUUAUGACAUUAGCUUUAAAAGCGUAAAAAAAGAUAUUUCACUAAUGUAAUGGUGAAAGAGAAUCCCUGUUGUGCUUUAUCUUUUUGUAAUGCUAAAUAUUCUUGAA